AUUGAAUGGAAAGACCCAUGGCUAGCAAUUUUAUUAGCGUUUCAUGUCGCCGUAACAAUGACUGCCUUGAUGACCAGAAAUCACGCUAACUUCCAGAUUAUAUUAUUUCUAAUUCUUUUACUCUUAGUCUAUUUCUCAGAAAGCAUAAAUGAAGUUGCUGCCAGUAAAUGGAUGUUAUUUUCAAAACAACAAUACUUUGAUUCUAAAGGCCUUUUUAUAUCUAUAGUAUUUUCUGUUCCAAUAUUAAUGAACUGUAUGAUAAUGGUAGCAAGUUGGCUUUAUCAAUCAAGUCAAUUAACAACAAAUUUAAAAAGAGCUCAACUUCGACAGCGAGCGAAGAUACGCCAAACUAUUGAAAACCCGCCUACCACGACCAACAAGUCAAAGGACGAAUAA